UUCAGCACAAGGAGUGCCCCGCACGACAUCCCCAUCUGCCCAGGGCACAAACCACCAGUGGCCCCGCCACACGAUGCAGGCCACAGGGAGCCCAGAGUCCCUUGAUAAUGGAGGGUCCUCCUUCCCUGCCACCAUGAGUGCCAACUUCUCCCCACACAACGGCACCAACACCACCUCCCCCGAGCUGCUGUCAGCCCUCUAUGUGGCCCUGCCCGUGGUGUACUCCGUCAUCUGUGCCGUGGGGCUGGCCGGAAACACGGCUGUCAUCUGUGUGAUCCUGAGGGCGCCCAAGAUGAAAACGGUGACCAACGUGUUCAUCCUGAACUUGGCCAUCGCCGACGGGCUGUCCACGUUGGUGCUCCCGGUCAACGUGGCCGAGCACCUGCUGCAGCGCUGGCCGUUCGGGGAGCUGGUCUGCAAACUGGUGCUGGCCAUCGACCACUACAACAUCUUCUCCAGCACCUACUUCCUGGCUGCCAUGAGUGUAGACCGCUACCUGGUGGUGCUGGCCACCGUGCGGCCCUGGCGCACCCACAGGGGGGCCAAAGUGGCCAGCCUGUGUGUCUGGCUGGGCGUCAGCGUCCUGGUCCUGCCUUUCUUCUCCUUCGCCACUGUGUACCGCAACGAGUUGCAGGUCCCAAGCUGUGGGCUGAGCUUCCCGCGGCCCGAGCGGGCCUGGUUCAAGGCCAGUCGCAUCUACACGUCCAUCCUGGGGUUCGCACUGCCCGUGUGCGCCAUCUGCGCACUCUACGGGGACCUGCUGCGGCGGCUGCGAGCUGUGCGGCUCCACUCCGGGGCCAAGGCUCUGGGCAAGGCCAAGAGGAAGGUGACCAUCCUAGUCCUGACCGUGCUGGCCGUGUGCCUCCUCUGCUGGACGCCCUUCCACCUGGCCUCCGUCGUGGCUCUGGCCACAGACCUGCCCCAGACACCGCUGGUCAUCAGCACGUCCUACGUCAUCACCAGCCUCAGCUACGCCAACUCAUGCCUCAACCCCUUUCUCUACGCCUUCCUGGACAACAGUUUCCGCAAGAGCUUCCUCACCAUGCUCUGGUGCCGAGAGGCCUGAGCACCCCCGCCACUCCUCUCCUGGGGAGGGGUGUCUAUGCUAUUUGGGGACGCCCUACCUCCACACCCCAUCCCUGUCUCUCCAUGCAGAGAGACAAAGGCCCGUGAAGGGUGGCCAGAAGACCUCUGGUGUGAUCCUCUCCACCACCCUGGUCCCUGCACAGCCCCUGGGUGGACAGCAGCAGGGACCCUGGUCCCUGCAGGCACUGGGGCCUACUCACCCACAGAGACAGACACACGGACCACCCCUGCACGGCCCUACAAGUGCUCUCUGGACCCACAGGCCCUUGGACAGUGACCCGAGGG